AACUCCCUCUUGUAAGUUUCGUUCGGUUAACGUGCAGUCGAUCAUUCGGAGGUCGACAAUCGUAAGAAUGUUUCGUUACUCAUAGUAUCAGAGAUAUAAAAUUUCUUUGAAAUCUUCCUUCGUUCUUUCUUUUUUUUUUGUUAUUACUACUAUUAUCAUUUAUCGUGACCACGUUUAUCGAAAAUAUCUCUAUCAUCUUAGAAGGAUGGAAGUGCUUAUCGACUGUUACUUCGACAGAUUGUUCUCCGAGUUGGAACGCAGUUGUUUAGCGUCGCGAUACAAACGGCGAGAACUCGUCGGAUAUUUUUCAGACGUCAUAAACAGUUGUGCGGAAGCGGAAAAACUGGACAAACAAGACGUCUGCGAGAGAAUAGUCCUAUCGGCUUUACGCUAUCACAACAUUACCAUGAUGGAAAAUGGCCAAGUAUGUUUAUUAGGAAAAUUCCAUAACGUUCUUUAUGUGGCAGCAAAGCUCUGCUUCGAUUGGAAGUUACGAAAUAACGAGAUAGUUACUCGUUUGUUGAACGACAUAUUCUAUUGUGAGAAGACAUUCGAAAGGAUUUUCGUGGGAGCUAUAUUUGGUACUAGGGUGACGCAUUUUCUAUCUGGUUGGAAAAGCGACUUCGAAGAUCGGGAGGAGAAUAUCAAAGCAUUGAUAUAUUUUAUGGAUCAUGCGAUUGAAGGCAAAUUGGAAUAUCGUUGCGCUUCUUCGACUAUAAAGUCUCGUUUUAUCGACGUUCCAAUGGAAUCUUAUGGUCAGGUGGUACCGUUAAGAGUCGCGAUUCAACACGGUGCACCCGAUAUACUUAUGAUAAUGCUAAGAUAUGGAGCUUCGAUAGAAUCGGACAAGUUGGCACCGUCGCCGAUCGAAAUUCUGCUGGCUAAAUUGAACGAGUACGAUAUUCAAUCAGCUGACGAAGAAAUAGUCUUUCCGAAAGAUUUACUCGUAUGUUUGAAAUUACUCUUAAGAACUAUACCUAUGGCAAGUGUAAAGACACCGAAUCAUAUAGCUGCUCAAAGCGGAGUAUUUAGCGUCUCUAUGUACGAACAUUAUCCUAAUUUGGUAGAGCGAAAUUUGGUGCCACCGGAAAGAAGUGGAUUAUGUCCACCAGAAUUAAUACAUCUCUGUCGUUGUAGUAUAAGAGAGAUAUUAUUUAAGAAUUGGGCUCUUCCCCAUGGCAUUCAAAGACUUCAGAUACCGCAGACUUUGAGAAAUUAUCUGGACAUAAUGUGCGAUUGAUCGGAAUAGAUUUAGUGUUUAUUCUGUGUAACUAAGGGAAAGAAAAAGGAAAAGGGUCGGUGGUAACAUCGAUCACGGUAAAUGCUUAUUUGGCACGAGAAAGGAGAUGGAUAAUCGUUUCCAAAAGUAGGAGAAAUUCUCCUUAUCGCUUGAUUGGUGUUCAUUAAGAGACCGACGAAGACCGGCUUUCUACGAAAAAUAUCGAUGGUCCAUACGGUUCGAUAGUCAUUACGGUAAAAUUAUAAGGGGAACUAAAUUUUUCCAAUCCAUCCUGACGAUCGUCUCAAUACUUUGGACUAUUUUCUGGAUUAAAGCGUCGUAACUAAUGCAAUAUUGAGAGUUUUUCUCGAAUUACAGGAUUGUAUUUAUCUACUUUAAAUGUAUCCGAAGCGUGUUUCACGUUUAAAGCAUUUGAG